AUGUGUGUAAUCGAGCAACAACUUCGUCAUUCUCAAAGUAACUUCAGCGGUCAAAUACCAAACAAAUACGGCGACAAUUGGCAGGAAGCUGCUGAUAAUCUCAAAAAAUUAGCUCUGCUUCAUGGUUCAAUUGUAAAAAUUGAUCUAUCAGGUUCACUUAUUUACCAAGGCUUCAUGGAAUUCACAAUUUUUUUUGAUGCGAUCCAAUCGGCUAAAAUGCUUCAUGAUUAUGUCCAUACGCUGAAUGCAUUAAUGGAUGUCCCUAACAUGCUUGACAUGGCCUAUAAUGAAACUCCUUGA